AUGAAGCAACUAUUUUUGAGCACUGCCUCUCUGGCAUGGACCGUAUUGGCCUACACCGACAUUCGACACCAACGGUUUAUGGUCAAGAAUAUUGAUCCCAUCAUCUUCCCCGGGGAAUAUGUGUCACAUAUGCAUUCCUUCUUUGGUUCUGACGCAGUCACCAAAGAUAUGCCUACUACAGAAGAGUUGCAACAAGGGUGUCCGUCAGGCGAGAACCCCAAUGACUUGUCUAUCUACUGGAUCCCAACCCUCUAUUAUGUCAAGGGAGACGAGUUCGUCGAAGUCAACCCCAUGAUGUUUAGCACCUAUUACGAAAACAUCGACAAGGCCGAGAUUCCCUUCCCUAAGGACUUUUUCGCCAUAGCUGGAAAUGCCACCGCCAAAAGCCAGUCCGAUAUCGACGAAAACAUCAAUGGACUCACUUGGUGGUGCGAAAAUGGUCCCGAGGACAGGACGAAGAGACCUCGGGCCACUUUCCCCCAAGUCACCUGCUCGACUCACAUCCAGGCCAUUCUCCGAUUCCCGGAUUGCGUGAACCCCAGCGAUAUCACCGAGUACGGCUACGCUGCAGCGUCUGGCGGAAAUUGCCCUGCUCCUAUGAAACGAAUGCCUCAGCUUCGCUUCUCGAUCCGAUACGAUGUUCGGAGUCUCAUUCCGCAAGGAUGGAAUGGACCGCCACCUCUGAAGCUGGCCUGUGGGGAGGUCGGAGAGGGCUACUGCUUUCAUGGAGACUUUAUCAACGGGUGGUUUGAUGAUGCAGCACAGAACCUGAUGAAAGCAAAGGACCGCCGGCAAUGGAUGAGAAUAGAUGGGGCAAAGGGACAGGGAAAGGCAGGAAGCCAAUGUAAGGCGAAAGAUGCGGAUCCUGAGAACGGGACAAGUGACUACAAAAAGAGUUUGGACAUGAUGGGGAAAAUGCCUGUAAGCCAGGAUUGA